AUGCUUGCUUUCAGUCCUUUCCCUAUCAACAUGGCAACUACACAAGAAGAGCAGUAUUCUCUGUACACUUUCUCUGGGCUCCCAACGCAUGCAUCAACCUACCAAGCCGUCCAGUACCCGUUGCAGCAACCUGACAGCAGCUUCAACUCAUACAACAUCGAGCAGAGUACGAUUACUGAAGCACCUUCCAACUACAUUCUGGAAUCCCAAAGCUCUUCAAAAUACGCCAAGCACAGUGUCCAGCUUUCGACACCUCUUUAUUCCCCCACAAACACCUCUGCUAACUACUUCGAUCUUCAACCCAUUCGUUCGGUCAAAUCCGAGUCGGCUGCUUCGAUGCUUUCCUCGUCUAGAGGUUCGCCCCUCAUGGGUCUCGAGUCUUCCUCAAGCUGGACCCCAGUACAUGGAGUCGGGUCUGGCGUCUUUCAUCAAGGUCAAUACGAUCAUCAAAUACUCGUCAACGACACAUUCAACUAUGCUGCCCUCUCACUACCCGAGAAGGCAGGAUGCGUUGGUAAGCCUUGCAUACUCUCAUCGCGUCACCGUCAAUAUCCUGACCUCAACUUCACAGACCCUACUUUGAUCCAACCUCUUUCGCCAACGCCACCAGCAACAACGCAGAUGCAUUCUGACUCUAAGCGUCUGUUCCCUCAUCCCCCGUCUCCCACCCCAUCGUCAGUCCACUCGAACAAGAGUUCAGGUGUUCUGAGAACCAGCUCAAUGCGUUCCAACAGACCGACAUCUCCUUACAUCCCCUCACAGUCAUGGAACCCCUACCCCACAUCAUCAUCCAGACGCCAGUCCAUAUCUUCAGCUCACUCACAUCACUCCCGACACAGCCAAUCCUCUUUGGACUCUGAAGAGAACAAGGGUGUUUGCCCAAUCGCGUCCUGUGGCAGACACAUCAAGGAUCUCAAAGCACAUCUGCUCACCCACAAGAAUGAGAGGCCUGAGAAAUGUCCAAUCACUUCAUGUGAAUAUCACGUCAAGGGCUUUGCCCGAAAGUAUGACAAGAACAGGCACACUCUGACCCACUACAAGGGAACCAUGGUCUGUGGCUUCUGCCCGGGAAGCGGCAGUUCCUCAGAAAAGAGUUUCAAUCGUGCCGACGUCUUCAAGAGGCAUCUGACCUCGGUACACGGCGUCGAACAGACUGCACCCAAUGCUCGCAGAAGAAGUGGAGGAAGCUCAAGUUCCAAGAAUGUCCACAACAAGAUCGGAAUCACUGGCAUGUGCUCAACUUGUGGUGUAGCAUUUGCCAACGUCCAAGAUUUCUAUGAGCAUCUCGACGACUGUGUCCUCAGGGUCAUUCAGCAAGGUGAUCCUUGCGAAGCCAUCAACGAGAGAAUUCUCAGCUCGAUGAUCGACGACAAAGCAGUCAGAGAUACUCUGGAGAGACACUCUUUGAGCAAUGCUUCGAAUCUCACCGGACUACCCGUCUUUGACGACGACGAGGAGGAUGAUGAUGACGAGGGAAAUUCCAUCAAAGACGAAACAGGCUCUCCUGUCUUUGCCAACAGCAACAAUAGGGAUGCGACUCGUCAGGGGAUGACCUAUUCUAAAGGCGGAGUCUCCAUCCACUCUGGUAUAAAGAACAACAAACGUCGCAAGGACUACCCUCCUUCCUGGAAUGCACCUCCAGAGAAAAUGAAGAUGAAGAAACGAGUUCUAUGUGUGUUUGAUGGACCACGAAGACUCUGGAAGGACGACUUGAUGCUCGGCAUCGACAACCAAGUGCGCGAGCCUCUGUCUGGCAAGCACUGGGUCACCAGCCUAGAUGUCCAAACUCUGCGAAGAGCUGAGGGCAUCCUUGAAGCCACAGAGGAAGAGAAGGGCUCAUGGUUGGAUGAGCAAGGUAAUCCGUUUCUUCUCACAACUGCCGUUUGA